GGCGCCGGGUGUCCGAUGCUGCUGAGCAUCCCAGUAUACUCUCAAUUUCAGCGCGUAGCAGCGCGCAUAGCGCAGUUACGCAGCCACGCGGUUGCUGAGAGUGACCAAACGCUCCUCCAAAACCGCCAGCCGACGCGGCCUCACAGGCGAGGCGCCCAACCCACCUAAAAAGGACAGCGCUCCCAAAGCAGGCCGCGCGCCGCAAAACACAAAAAGCGAUGGCCGCCUGGCAACCGGAAGAAAUGAAUUCUUUAUAUUGCCACGUCAUGGCCCACGCCGAGAAAUUUGCGGAUGUCACUUGUGAUGGUGGUGCGGAAGCUUUCAAUAGAGAACUACUGCAGGACGCCGCAAACAAUGAUGAGGAGGUGGUAGAGACGCCCAUUAGCAUCGAAGUGAUUGAUGCCGUGGCGAAAAAGGAGCCGGGCUUCGUUGCGGGCUUCGGUGAUAAGGUCCACGUCGAGUUCGUCGUGGCGCUGAAGCGAGGCUCCCAGUUAAAAACGGUGGGCAAGCGCUAUUCCGAGUUGGAGGAGUUCCACGCCGUCCUACUCUCACAUAAUCUGGUGGACCGGUUGCAGGCCCCGCCGUUCCCCGAGAAACAGACCUUUCGAGACAGCUGGUACAAGUUCGACGCCACGGACGUCAAUAGCGACUUCGUGCGCAACCGACGGGUGGCCUUGGACCAAUAUUUGAGGAAUUUAUUCGGUACCUUCCCGACGCUCUUCCACGAGCCGUGCGCGAUCGCCUUUUUUGGCAUCGAGGAGUUCGAGUUCGAAGCGGCGAAGGAGGUGUCCCAGCAGACGGCCGCGCGCGCCGAGCGGGUUCGUAAAGCUCAAGAAGCGAACAUCGCUCCGAUCGAGCCCGUGCCUCAGCAAAAGGAGGAGGGCGUCGUCGACGUGUGAUAACUUGUGGUACUACUUAUCUCUUAAACUAGGGCCCGAACGCGAGCACGGCGCGGAAGGGUCGGUGUGGGAGGUGCGCGAGCGCGCCGAGGAGCGCGUCUGAACUCGUCGCGCGGCCGCGGACCACGAGGCACCGGAACCUCGGCAGCGUCCGGCGGUGGAAGCGGCGCUCGUAGGCGCGCCAGCUGCCGGCGGCGCUGACGCCGCGGAUAAGGGCCUUGAGCACGCGGAACGGUUCGUCGCGUAUUGAGCACCCCUGAAACGGGUGUUCGCUCUGGCGCUCCCAACGCGCU